UUUUUGCAAAAAAGUGUAACUAUCUCGUUCAGAUAAUUUUCUUCCCGGCUAAACAAAACAAUACACAUCAAGAACAAUCAUGGCUUUGCGUGCCGAGUUUGAGAAUAAUGACGAUAUCGGUGUGUUCAGUAAACUUACCAACUCAUAUUGCCUGGUAGCAAUCGGUGGUUCAGAGGCGUUCUACAGUGUGUUCGAGUCAGAGCUUGCAGAUGUUAUUCCAGUAGUGCACACCAGCAUAGCCGGCUGUAGAAUUAUAGGUCGGCUUUCGGUAGGGAACAAGAACGGACUGAUCGUCCCGAACAGCACGACCGAUGUGGAACUUCAACACUUGCGCAAUUCUUUGCCGGACGCAGUGAAAAUUCAUCGUGUCGAGGAACGGCUGUCUGCGUUGGGUAAUGUGAUCGCUUGCAAUGACUAUGUCGCGCUGGUACAUCCGGACAUCGAUCGCGAGACGGAAGAAAUCAUUGUCGACACACUGGGCGUUGAGGUGUACCGGCAGACGGUAGCGAACAAUGUGCUCGUCGGUGCUUACUCCGUGCUAAGCAAUCAGGGUGGUCUCGUGCAUCCGAAAACACCCAGUCAAGAUUUGGACGAGUUAGCCUCACUGUUACAAAUUCCACUCGUAGCGGGUACGGUAAACCGUGGUUGUGAGGUGCUUGCGGCCGGCAUGGUCGUUAACGAUUGGUGCGCGUUCUGUGGCACGAGCACGACCUCAACCGAACUGUCAGUGGUGGAAAGCGUUUUCAAGCUGAAUGAAGCACAACCAUCCAAUGUGACCAGUAACCUCCGAGCAUCCCUGAUCGAAGCGUAA